GAAAGCCGUGAAACGCGUGGUAACACAAGCUUUCAAUCCCGGCAUCACCAUCCUAUACCGCACCACCCUGUCCUUAACCGGCUGGAGUCGGAUAGCGAGUGCAGCACAUCGGACAUUCCUUCCAUGUUGUUCCUCCUUGUCGUCUCUUCAUCACUCGGCUCGCCUCCGGGCCUAACCCUUAGCAUCAGCCAACAGGACUCCCGCAAGGCCAUUCGUUGGUGGCUGGCGGGCAGCCGGGUUCCUGAAAUUAAUCAAUCAUUAGGCCCUGCAGAUCGCUCUGCCUGGAGCGAAUCAAGUCCUCCCUCAACUUCACAGCAGGAAUCAACGCAACCUCUUCAUCCGGGUCAAUGCCUCGCUAGAGUCGCUACUUAUCAAUUAGGCUGGUGCGUUGCCUCUAUCCCCUCCUCGGGCCUAAUCCCCGAUGGCGCCCCGACGGAUCGGCCUUGACGGUGACCCUCCAGGUGGACUGCAGACCACCGCUUCCUCCAUCAAUUGGCCAAUUCGUCCCCUCCUCAUCGGCAGAGGGCGGGUCUUCACGGUGACCUCCGCUAUCCUCAGGCUGCCUCUUCGAUGACCUCCGG